CCUUCCUUCCAUUUCAUCUGAUUCAUUUAAUACAUAUGCAGUUUUUGUUCCUUAAUGAGUGAAGCUGUUUUGAAGCUGUGAGAUGGUCCAACUUUCUAGCUAUUGCAUUUUAUUUUGGUUAGCAGCACAUUUCCUACAUGGCUUGCGAAAUGAAAUCCUGAUUCAUGAAACUAUUUGGGACUGAAAAUAUAUAUGACAGGAUGGGAUCAAGCUCCUUGGACAAGUUCUAAUUCACUCAAGAAUUCUUCUGAUUGAGUUAAUGUACAUUUUCUUGAUCUUCAUUUUUCCAUUUUUCUGUUACAUUAUAUAGACAGUUUCUUUGACAUAAUCAUGUUGUUUAAUUGCCCAACAGCUGGUUCUGGUUCUGUGUGUUGAGUUCUGUGUAAAAGAGCUGGCUCUAAGUAAGAUAUAAAGCUUAAACCUACCCUUUGCUAUUUGAUGAAAUGCUUUAUUUUAGAUCUAAUGAUGGAUGACUUGAACGGUAUUGCAAGCAUUUCAUUUUUGCAAAUGUUUCAGUUUCCAUUAAAUGAUUGGUAUCCACUAAUCUUGGACCCUUGAUGCUAAUUUCAAUCUAGUGCCUGCAUCCUCAUUUCAAGAAAAGGCAUCAUAAAGAAGGGUUCUGCAGAACCCUUUAUUGGAUUCAAUUAAAAUAGGUGGACUCCUAAGGAAAGCUGAUGCAUGUUUGUCAUUAUUCGCUCGACAUACAUUCAGAACCGAGAACCUUGUUGCUCAUCCAGAUCCAAAAGGGGUUAGUGAGGAAAUCGUUAAAAGAACCAUUGCUAGUUGAGGAAGAAAUGGGGACUUAUUCACUUCUAAGUGUUCAAUUUUAUUAGAGUAAUCAAACAAAUUUCUCUAUUUGGAGCAGAUUUCUUAUAUGGCUGGCUAAAAGAAGUCCCAAUUCAUGAAAAAGAAAGAAAAAAAGAAUGAUCUAUGUUCAAUUCAUACAAGGUUUUGUGUAUACAUUUGGCUUUUGGCUUUUUGUUUCAAAGUGCAAAACAAAGUUUUGUAUAUACAUUUGGCUUUUGGCUUUUUGUUUCAAAGUGCAAAACAAAGUUUUGUAUAUACAUUUGGCUUUUGGCUUUUUGUUUCAAAGUGCAAAACAUGUAUUCAUUCUAUUUAUUUUUCAUUUUUUCAUCCAUAUUUGGAGAUAUUGAUGGCAAGCUUGUAAUCUGAUUAUAUUUAAUUGAAGCUAACGAGUUGGUUUUGAUUUUAUCUUCCUAUCUUGUGCAUUUUCCCCAGCUUUUGGAGCGCUCUGAAGAGUUUCAUUUUGUUGUUAGCUUACACCAAUCAUCUCAUCAGCUGCUGGGUAGGCAGGAAGUGUACCGAUUAGUAAUACUAAUGGACUGAGAAUAAAAGCUUAACAUGUUUGUCAAUGGAAAAGAAGCUGGUUUCUGGAGAUUGAAAAAUUGCCAUCCCAGCAUUUUGUGAAGAUUCAUUGAUUGCUCAACUUUGGGUGUUUACGUAUAACCUCAAGGAAGAAAGCUCUUCCUCUGCUGCUCAGCUUUUGCUUGCAGUAAACAAGUUUGUUGGAAGUUUUAAGAUUUGGCAUAUUUGUUUGUAUGCUUUCUUGACAGACUACAUCUAAGCUAAUGAUGUUAAUUUCUCCCUGUCGAUUGGCUGAUACUUCUGCUUGUCCACAAACUUGAUAUAUACCAGGCUAGAAUGAUACUUAAUUCAAAUGAACUUGAAGAUUAGACUAGUCUUUAAUAUUUUAUUGUUUCAAGAGCCAAAAUGUGAAUUGCAAA